AUGUCUCUCUUCGGGACAUCGCCCACAGAGGACAAUGCUCCUUCGACACCGAGUCGAUCGCGUGGCGGACGCGGAGCAGGCCUCUUCGAUGACGACGCCCCAGUGUCGUCUAGCGACGCCGGCCUAUUUGCCGAUACGGAGCAACAAGGCGCAGGAGAUGAUGACAAUCACGUCGACUCCCCAUGGGAUAUGCCCACCCCGCGCAAACAUCAGAGCCGUGCCGAGCUGAUCCGAAAGCUGCUGCCCGUAGCAGACGUCCCCGAGAGCUACAUUGAGACGUUUGAAGCCGUGGUGCGGCAAGAUGGCGACGAUUCCGGUAGAGUCGCAGCCGCCGGCAUCGCCAAAGUCUUUGCCACAGCUCGUGUUGAUGCUGACACCCAGGCGACCAUCAUGUCUUUGCUUGCGGCCGGCGGCAACGCCUCGAACCUGACGCUGGGUCGCGGCGAGUUCAGCGUCCUGCUUGCGCUUGUGGGUCUAGCCCAGGAAGGCGACAUCAUCAGCCUUGAUGGGGUCGAUGAGCGCCGAACAAACCUUCCCCGGCCCAAGCUCGCCGGCCUGACCGCCGAACCCGUCCUUCCACCCAUCGCUGAGCUCGCCGCGAAGCCUCCCCAAGCGCCCGUUACCGCCGCCGCCAUUAACGAAGCUCCCCAGAUCCCUAAGCAGCACCAAGCGAUCCUUCGGCCAGCCAUGGAUGACCCCGAAGCCGAUCCCUGGAACACGCCCGACAUGCACAAGGGCCACACCCACACGAAGCCGAACGGCAUCGGCGGUGCUGUGGCCAACAGCCACUCGACAUUUGCAACCUCGGCAACGGCUGCGCCGGUGCCUCCGACACCUUCUGAAUCCUACUCUGCUCCCCCUCGCAACGACACAGUGUCGAGUCCCCGACCGAAUAGUGGUAUCGCCGGGCCGGAUGGCUGGGGCUCCGGCUUUUAUGCUGAGCAGCAGACGCCACCCGUCGGACCCAGCAGCACCAACCUGUUUGGCAGCGAUGAUGCUGGUCGCGCGCCAGAGACCGCCGGACCUGUACCGCCGUCACUAAAUCCCAGUCGAAGCACGGUCGGUCGUACCGGAAGCGCUGUCGAAGAAAGCGUAAUUGUCUCUCUGAUGCCAGGCAAAGAAGGCGUUUUCAUGUUCCAACAUCACAACUACGAGGUUACCAGCCAGAGACGAGGAAGCAAAGUAAUCCGCCGAUACAGCGACUUUGUCUGGCUCCUCGACUGUCUGCACAAACGCUAUCCCUUCCGCGUUUUGCCUCUGCUGCCUCCAAAGAGAGUUGCAGUGAACGGCAACCAUCUCUCCAACGACGGCGCAUUCAUCGAGAAGCGACGAAGGGGUCUAAGCCGCUUUAUCAAUGCCCUCGUCAGGCAUCCCAUCCUCAGCCAGGAACAGCUCGUGGUCAUGUUUCUGACCGUUCCCACUGAGCUCGCUGUGUGGCGCAAACAGGCCACAAUCUCUGUCCAGGACGAAUUCACCGACAAAGCGCUACCUCCGGGCCUCGAGGAUUCUCUUCCACCCACGCUCGAAGAACUUUUCACCAAGACAAGAUCUGGUGUAGUUCGCUCGGCGGAGCUAUACAUCAACGUAUGCAACAUUAUGGACCGUCUAGUGAAGCGCACUGAAGGUGUCGCUGCCGACCACGCUCGUGUCGCCAUGUCUCUUGCGUCUCUUACCGAAACAUCUACCGAUACGUAUGCUACCGACACGAACGAGGUUCCGCUGCUCAAUGACGGUCUCACUGCCAUGAGCAGACAUUUGCGGACAUGCCAAUCGCUGCUGGAGGACGAGAGCAAAGGCUGGGAUGAAGGCGUGCUCGAGGACUUGAAGCGCCAGCGCGACGCUCUCGUCAGUGUGCGCGACUUGUUUGAACGCCGCGACAGGCUAGACAAGGACAACAUCCCUUCGCUAGAACGCCGCAUCCAGACCAACGAAACCAAGUUGGCGACCCUGCGCGGAAAGCCCGACGGCACAGUCAAGCCUGGUGAGAUAGACAGGGUUGCGGAGAACAUCAUCAAGGACAAGGAAUCUAUUGUUCAGCAGCACAACCGCUCCAUCUUUGUAAAGGAGUGCAUUCGCGACGAGCUCAUCACCUUCCAGCUAACGCAGUACCACGUCAGCCGAUGGAAUCAGGACUGGGCAGGGGAGCGUGUCAAGUAUGCCGAGAUGCUGGCCGACAACUGGCGGCGGCUACUGGACCAGCUCGAAGGCAUGCCGCUGGGCUACUGA